ACAGCUGCUGUCAAUUUAGCCAGAAUGGUAUAACCUGUGUUGAAGAAUUCUGAUUUCGCUUUACAAAAAGAAACCGCUUGGGCGCGAAGUUAACGAUCUUUCUUGAUUCGAUAGCUAGCUCCUGUAUACAAAAGAGAAGUUCACCACACUAAUCCUUUUGACAAUUACAGCACCGUAGAGAAGCAAACAUGGAGAGCAUGGAUAUCUCGUACAGCGAUGAUAAGACUGGCGAAGAAACCGAUAUGAUCUGUGAUGAAGAACACCAUGAAUGCUCUGAUCAUGAAAACAGUGCAUUGCAACAAUUAUCACACAAUGGCAUGAUGAUCGGGCUCGGCUCCCGCAACACUCUCAGUGAUGGAUCAGAACGGAAAAUUAAUGCACCGAACGCAAACGCAAUACUUAACAGCAACUUCCCGGCGGAACAUAGUGAAAACGGACCGGAAUCUGCACGGUUUCCGCUCCAAGAUGCUAAAGAUUGCAAUCAGUUCCACAUAAUCGCCAGGAAUAACAAUUCCAUUGAACGUAUAAAGGAACAUUUAAUGCAUACCAUAGAUGGCCUUGAAAUCUGUGGAUUAGACAAGGAAAAUAUGUUUACGGACGUAUGUGAAGCACGGCUUAACGAGUUUCCCACCGAAGCAAAAACUCAAGCAUGUCUGUUUCCACUGGAAGAUGCAUCGGAAUUUGCUUCUGUUCUUUCAUCCGCUUCAACCACUUCCCUUGUUGGAGAACAUUUUACGCCAGCUAAUGAAUAUAACUUUUCGGCCGCCGAUUUCGAUUGUUUACUGUCUCGAGGUUGCUCGCAGUCUUCUUCAAGUACGGUAAAAUCAGCUUUAGAUUCUGCAUCGUCUCCAUCCGCAUCAAAUCUACCGAGAAAAUCUGUGCUGGACAAUUUUGACCCACUUUUGCGACGGCAAACUAUCCUUAACGCAGAGCAUAGAGUUGUCCCCGAAAACGUCGAAAGUACCCCAUCUGCUGCAUGUCUGGCUUUAGUUAACAACUUUCCGCAGUUUCAAGAAAGCAACAGGAGUGCUGAACAGAUAUCAGUGUCCCAAAACAUCGAAAGCGACCGUUUCGGCCAAAAACGGCAAGGAGACAGCACGCUUCUCCUGCAAAAUACGUUCGGUUCAUCAUUAACACCGCUGCUAGAGCAUCAUACUGGUGACGAAUCCAAGGACAAGCACAGCCAGAGCGAGACAUCAAGUUGCCUUGUUGAUACAACUGUAGAUCCAAAUUGUUCAGCAAAGGAGAAUGAAAGUGAUAGUUCUCUCGACAAAACAAUAACUACAGAAGGCAACGAAACCAGAGAAUCGUCAAAGUGCUCGGAAACUCUAUUGCUUUCAACCAGUGCUGUGGGACCAAAAAUUGUAGAGUGUGAAAGAGUGGAACGUAAUGAACCACUAGUGGACAUUUCGGACUCUGUUGCAGAAUAUGUGUCACUCGAUAAUACGGUUUCUCAACAGUCGACUGAACUGAACUCCACCGACACAGCAUUUACCGAAGGUGAAAAUUUAUCAGCUGGACAAUUCCAGGAGGAGCCAAACAUUGAAGCUCCAUUGCCUGCAAAGCAAGCGGCACUGGAAGUGAUUACAGGACAGACAGUAGAAUUAAACAGUACUGUCAUUUUCGCAGGCACUCAGAGUACUCAUGAUGAUUUAACGUCUCUCGCGGGAAAUAUGAUUGCGGAAUCGAAUUCUGAAAAACAAAACAUUGCCGUACUAAACAUGAGUGAGGAUCGAUCGGCACCGAACGAGGAAGGAUAUACUGAGAUUGGAAAGAAAUGUAAAACUGAAGAGGUGAAUAUUGCCGAAAUAGAGAAAAAGAUGCUUGACGUUGAACUCAGAGAAGAAAGCAUGUUGAAGCGUAUCACGGAGAAGGAUAAAACAAUUUCCAAAAUGAGCAACGUGGUUGAAGCGUACGAGCGAACCAUAGCCGAGUUGAUCUCGGAAAAGGAAGUUUUAAUCCGAAACCAUGAGGAGGAAUGCGAAACCUUAAAGCAAGAUAAUGAAAUCAACGCACAGCAUUUGGAAUCGUUAGAGAAAACCUUCUCAAACUUGUAUGCGAAAUAUGAGCGCAUGAAAAAGAACGCAAUCAAAUACAAAGAAAAUGAGGAUAAAUUAUUAGAAAAAGUGAUGAAGCUUGAAGAAUGUCUGAGAGCGCAAGAGCAACGGUAUGAAAAAAUGAAAAGUCAUGCUAUGAGUCAACUGGAAAUUGCAAACACCAAAAUAGAUGAAGCUAUCCGUAACCAUUCCCAGGAAGCAGCAAAGUUAAAGGCUCAGAUAAAGAAGGAAGAAGUGUAUCGAAUUUCAAUCAACGAGCAGUUGAUUCAAAAAUCAAAAGAAAAUGAACAAUUGGUAAAGAUAUGCGACGAGCUAAUCAGUGAAACUAAUUGAAAGGUACGCAAUAUUGACAAGGAUCAAGUUUUCCCCCCAAAAUACCCUGCAGUGCGCUUCUUGAACUGAAAAGCAAAUGUAGAGAAAAAGAUUCAGCGUUUCUUUUCUCCAUCAGCCAUGGAAUGAAUUGCAAGAGAGAAGUAGUUGUUCACUUUGUAGUAGUUUCGCGGUUUAUACUAAGUAGUUGCAUUUCUUUCAACAAGUUUUAGCAUGUGUAUCUCUAUGCCUGAUUUGCAAGAACAAUAAGGUGGAAAACGUUACUGACGGUUUUUUUUUAAUUGAUUUUUUUAAUUUUCCUUUUCAAUUAUAAACCAGAAAACCCGAAUUGUAUUGCUCUCUAUUUCCAUUUACUCUUAACAACAAAUGUUUCACCAAGCAUAACGUAACCUAACAACACUGUCUUUCGUUCUAAUAUUGUGAAUCUUUUAAGAAAACCCCAAGAAUUGAAAUAUGUAUGUAUUCGUUAACAAACUACAAACAAAAACGAACCUUUCCAUCAACUGCUGCUCGCCUAAUGUUUCGAUACCAAUGUAAUAAACUUGCACUGCUACUUUCUAGAAACUUUCUGUAAAAAUAUGAAAAACGCAUAUAUUAAUAAAUAACUACGCAGCUAUAA